AUUUUCGGUACAUCCAUUGUUGCGCUGCGUAACACUGGCGGAACAGCUGUUCUUGUUUUGGUUUCCCGCGACGGGUACUGUGUUACGUGCUCUACAUCUGGACUGCGGAUCUUCAGGGGGCGAUGAGUGGACUUCUUCCAAAGUUGUGGCGUCAAUGUGAUGCCGUGUUCCUGAACCGAAUCAACCAGUCUCUGUACGGCGCCGUUGUCAAACAAAGCCGAUGGAAAGGAUCGCGGCUUUUAGCUACCAUUGCGAAUAAAAAUCCUGCGUCAGGAUUGCGUGAGUUGCCGCAUUGCAAUGUGGGUACCAUUGGCCACGUGGACCACGGCAAAACGACCUUGACCGCCGCCAUCACCAAAAUCCAGUCCCAGAAAGGCUUGGCAGAGUACCUGUCCUACGACCAGAUCGACCGGGCGCCUGAAGAGAAGGCACGCGGCAUAACCAUUAAUGCCUGCCAUAUUGGCUAUGCCACCACAGAGCGCACCUACGCCCACACAGAUUGUCCGGGUCAUGCUGACUACAUAAAGAACAUGAUCUCGGGCGCCUCCCAAAUGGAUGGCGCCAUCCUCGUGGUAGCCGCCACAGACGGUCAGAUGCCGCAGACGCGCGAGCACCUGCUGCUGGCCAAACAAGUGGGCAUCCAGCGUAUUAUAGUCUUCAUAAAUAAGGCUGACCUGGUGGACCAGGAGGUGCUUGAACUGGUUGAGAUCGAGAUGCGUGAGAUGCUAAGCGAUUUUGGUUUCGAUGGCGUUCAUAGUCCCGUAAUUUGUGGGUCGGCAUUGCUGGCUCUUCGCGAGGAUACUACAGAAUUUGGAGUUCCGUCUAUUGAGAAGCUAUUGGAACACUGCGAUUCCUACAUACCAACACCACAGCGUGAUAUCGCCUCUCCAUUUAUACUGCCCAUUGACAAUGCUUUCACUGUCCCAGGGAGAGGAACUGUGGUCGUGGGUACCAUCAAAAGGGGCACCAUUCCUCGGAACGCGGAUGCUGAUCUUCUGGGCUUCAACCAGAAUCUUAAGACUAGUAUCAGCGACAUUCAGAUCUUCCGGAAAAGCGUACCUCAGGCGCAGGCCGGUGAAAAUGUGGGCGCCCUGCUGAGAGGCAUAAAAAUUUCCGCAGUGGAGCGGGGAAUGCUUCUAUGUGCGACGGGCUCUGAGGACAUUUCCAACCACUUUGAGGGAUCUAUGUACCUCCUGUCGCGGGCAGAGGGUGGCCGGGUCAAGCCCAUGCUCUCGAAAUACAUUCAGCAGCUCUUCAGCCAGACGUGGAAUGUUCCUGCACGUAUUGAUAUAAUUCCAAGUGAGGCGAUGCUAAUGCCAGGUGAACAUGGCCAGGUGCGCGUCAUCCUGAUGCGAAAAAUGGUCAUGACCCCGGGCCAAGCCUUCACGAUCCGGGAAAACGGAGCCACUGUGGCCACCGGAAUGGUCACGCAGCGCCUGCCUUCCCUUGACCUGCCGAAGAACAAGUUAUCAAAAGUGCUGGUGGAUUGUUAACGACUCGCAAUUAUAUUUGUAAAAUUUCAUAAAUUGCUAACCAUUAUACACGCGUAGUUGAUUUGUUAAUAUAUAUUUAUAUCUUUAGAUAAAUUGCUUAGAAUGUUUUAAACAAAUGCCAACGUAUUUUAGGUUUGCUAAUCUUUUUUAAAGUCUUCUAACAUGGCCGAGAAAAUAGAAAUUACAAGUUACAAGCUACACAGAAAAUGAGAAUACAUAAAUCGAUGGAAUGAAACAGCA